AAGAAGCUGUAAACAUUUCGCGUGAAGUGGUGGACAGAGAAAGGGCGACUGAGUGGUGGGGGCGUCCUUCGCAAUCCAUAUUGCAAAAAGUGGUGCAGUGCAUGCAGCAAGUUUGAAUGGAAGUAGAGUGACUAAAGGACUGUAGAAGGCUUCUACGCACGCAAUCCUGUACUAGAUCCAUUCUGCGUUGCCGAAUAAACUCUUAGAUUGCCGUGGCCGCUUUAGAUAUGCAAGUAGUGGGGGCAGGUUAUGGGAGAACUGGCACCACCAGUCUAAAGGAUGCAUUGGCACAGCUGGGGUUUGGCCCUUGUCAUCACAUGACUGAGGUCUGGGAGAAGGGCCAGAUCUUCAUGUGGCCAGACAUUGAGCGAACGAGGCAAGAGCGAGGCAGGGCGGACGCCCACAAACUAGAGGAAGCGUUGAGGGGCUAUCGAUCUUGUGUUGACUGGCCCACGUGCCGCUACUGGCGGGAGCUAUCUGAGCUGUACCCCAAUGCCAAGAUCCUCCUCUCAGUGCGCGAUUUCGACGGCUGGUACAAGAGUGCGAGGGGCACCAUCUACAAGUUUGGAGAGACGAUCAAGCGAAAGCACAAGCGUUUCCCAUGGUUGUUGCUCCUGCGAAGAGAAGCCUCUGCCUGGGCAAGCAUGCAUGAGAUGCUAUGGGGGAAGACAGGGGACUUCGAGGGCUGCUUCGAAGAUAAAGAAGCGGCGCGCAGGAUCUACGAGAGGCACAUAGAGGAGGUGAAAGCGGCCAUUUCAGCAGAGCGCUUGCUAGUGUUCGACGUACGAGACGGUUGGGAACCGCUGUGCAAGUUCCUCGGGGUGGAAGUACCCAACACUCCCUUUCCCUACAAAAACACAACCACAGAAGCUGCUGAUUGGAGGUCCAUGGACACCUUGGACUACGUUUAUGUGGGGCUUCCGAUGAUUGCUGUGGGGGCUGCUAUUUGGGCCGUUCUGCGAGAACAGAGGGCUCAGCGAGCGUGAUGUAACAUAUGAUGCCCGUAGGGCGAUGUGUUCGGUGCGACAAAACAGCUGCUAGGAGCACUGACCACUUGCGCUUCCAGGUUUUGAACUGACAAGCGAUGAGGCUUUAACAUUGGCCUAGCAAAGUGGGAUAUAGAAGGCACGCAGAUCUUUCCAAUAGCUUCCAAUUAGUUGCGGCAGAAUUUGUUUAUUCUAUAUACUUUGUGUUGUUUCCAAACAUAGCACUGAGGGCCGUGUGUCUGGCAAUACGCUGACAAAAAUUGACAGCAAUACAUAGGUUGAGCUCUAAAAUUUAGGUUGUCGCUCUACAUUCAGGGACGAUGAGUGUAUCAUAGGCCGCGCUCGCAUCAAUUCUCGGUGCACUAAUAAUAGCUGCAGAUCAUUUGUUCUAGGCUAACCAUAUGUUCAGAUAGUUUUCAAAGUCGACUUAGAAAGCUAAUGGUGCCACUGAGUCAAACUCUUGUGCAUGAUAGCUAUAUUGACUGCAUCAAUUGGAGAAGCCGCA